GUGUCAAGAUGGUUGUUUUUCGCAACACCGGUCCAAGUUAACGGGCAUUUUGGGUUCUGGAGUAUUCUUGGAGUUCUUUCUGGAAUUGGUGCCCUCAUCAUUGGGAUUACAUACCUGCUUUGUAGAUUUAAGAAACCUACAAAUCAAGUUGCUGAUCAAGACAGAGGAAUGUUAUCCGACACUUUUACACAGAGAACAGAAAUCCGAACGGUUCUAUAUUCCCUAAACCAUGCAGAGUACCACUGCAUGCAACCAACGCCACUUGUGCAACUGCAAACCCGGAAUGAAACCACCACGCCGCCGGACACUGGUCCAAAUGCGACCAGUAGUACGGCCACUGCGAACACUAUGUCUUCAUUGUUACAACCUCAAUCCUCCGAUCGCUGGUCGGGUUACGGGACAGGAGACUCCGUGCCUACCAGAGACACGGUCGUCACCAACGUCAACGUCACUGCAGUCACACCCAACACCAUCACUACUACGGACUUAAAGACUGAAAAUAGUAGAAGAAAUUCUUCUCUAAAGAUUUCUUUGUGUAGAAAUUCCUUGUUUAGGAAACAGGAUUUUGAAGAAGUGGUCGUAUAAGAAAUUAUUUCAUAAAAGAAAAUGAAAAAAAAAAAAGAAAAAUAGCAGAAACAAACAAAACGUUUCAAUAUUUGCUGUUGUUUAUUUUUUUCUAUUUUUCUUCUGUAUUCAUACUGAAGGAUAAAUUGUGAUAAAUUAAUUGACUAACUUCUGUAAAUGAAUCCAAAAGCGCAGCGGAGACAUGCAAUUACGCACAAACACACGAAACAUACAAUCAACCUGAUCAAAUUAGAGAUUGCUGGAUAAAGGAGUCUCUCUCAUUUUUCUUCUCCCCAGUUACUAACUCCCUGGCACACGAGUUGCAUCUAAACGAUACUCCUUGUUUCUCUCCACACGCGUGGGUUACUGAGCAGUUCGUGCGACUGCAUCUGAAGGCCUUCCGAUGCACUAGUGGUUGACCUACGGGUAACGAAACUACGUCUACCUUUCGAAAUAUUAGUGACUGACUUACGGGUAAGAAAGCUAUUAGCUACCCCAUUCAACAUCGGAAACACUAUAUUAUAUACAUGCUCCUCCGAUAUAUAUGUAAAGAAUAUAUGCACGUGUUAUCUGCGGAGCUUCGGCUCGACUGUUCGGCGUUAGCUAUUGGUUGUUGCUCUGCAGCAUUUUGAUCUAUAUAUUCGAAGCAACUUUAUCUUCAAGGGAUUUCCUAUUUCUUACCCCAAAACGUUUUUUUUUUUUUUGUAAUAAAAAAAUGAGAAAAUGAUAGUAUACAUCUCUGCUUUGGCAAUUUUUCUUUUUUUAUUUUUAUUUUCCCCCUUUUCUUUCCAUUUUUCACUGAAUUAAAAAUUAUUAUAUUUUAAAAACUUACAUUUUAAAAACUGAAUGACGCAAAUCUUUUGGAACGAACUUUUACUAUUGUGUAAGUGCUUUCACUGCUUGCAGUUUUUCAUUUACACGUAUUAUGGGGGUAAUCUGCAUAGAGGAAGUUGUUUUUAGCAACACUGUUGACUGCAUAUGUGUGGAUGUUUGUGUGUGCACGUAUAAGUAUGUAUGUAUAUAUUUUAAUUGUUCUCCAAGCUUUACAAUAAAAUCAUUUUCCACUUUU